CAGUCUGCCCUCAGAGAAGCAAGGAGUACCCUCACCGUUCUCUGGGAAGAGGGGACGGACCCUUUGGGGCCAGAGCCAUCAUGUCCACGAGUGGCUGCACCUUCAAGGACAGGUGUGUGUCCCUGCUGUGCUGCAGAUUCUGCCAGCAGGUGCUGAGCUCACGGGGGGAUGAAAGCUGUGCUGCUGGCCAACACAGAGAUUGACCUCUACUCCACCGACAUCCCACCCACCAGUACGGUUGACUUCAUUGGAAGCUGCUAUUUCACUGACAUCUGCAAAUGCAAACUGAAGAACGUUGCAUGUUUAAAAUGUGGCAAUGUUGUAGGUUACCAUGUGAUUGCUCCAUGCAAACCUUGCCUGCUGUCCUGUAACAAUGGACAUUUCUGGAUGUUUCACAGCCAAGCAGUCUUUGGUAUGAACAGACUAGACUCAUCGGGUGUGAAUUUACUGCUUUGGGGCAACUUACCAGAUUUGGAGGAAAGCACUGAUGAAGACAUGUCUGGCAUCUCUGAGGAGGAGUAUAUCAGAUAAAUAUUAUCAGCAGUGUGCAUCACAGUGUAUUCCCUCAUUACCUUGUAUUGCAGCUUUCUUCCUACUGUCUUAAUGUACAAACUCAAGCAAUACAGUAAACAGGAAGGCUAGCAAACCGUUUUCCAAAAAGGGUAGAAGCUGUCUUAGUCCAAUGUAACAUACCUUAUAAGAAUCCCUCUCAGCUUUAAAAUGCGCCUAUCUGAAAAAUGAAUGGCAUACAGUAUGAUGGCCACUGCCUCUGGUUUUAGGCCUAUUUUGUUCUUAUAGUUCUAAGUCUUAACAGCUGCAGGUAAGGAAAACACAGGCUUUGACACUUCAAGUGCCAGCUGCUGCCUGUUUUUCCUUCCUAAAUAACAGCUCGGUUGUGGAUCAAAAGUCUUGGCAUCACUGAAAGGAAUUUAAUUUUUACCUCGAGUGUAGUGCUAUUGAGGAAUAGUUACUCUGGGUGAGCUGUGACAUUAUGAAGAGAAUUCUAUGGGCUUCAGUUAAGCCUCCUGGACUCUGCCUUUUCUCUCUUCCCAUUCCACCCAUAGCCAGGAAGGCAGUAUGUGCACAGUCUCCUUUGAGGCCACAAUCAAUGCUGUUGAAAGAGUGGACCAGCAGGGAUUGCUGAAACUGUACAGCUGUCUGUCUUCAUCCUGCUUUGGAGUUGUUUGCUUGUGAAACCACUAGGGAGAUGAGCGCUGGAAUGCUCCUGAACCUGGGUUUCUCGCCCGAGUUUUUUCACAGCGUAAUAAGUACUCGGUUCUGCUAAACGAAACUGCAUAAGAAAUUUAUAGAGUGACUUUUGCUGCCAGCAAACAGAAUGGCUGACAAAUGGUAAAUAAUGAAGUAUGCAGGGAACUGGCACACUUCCCUGCUUUAAAUGGAAAUGGAUCACAUUCAAUGAAAUAUUAGCAUAACUAUUUUUAAUUAAUGUUACACAAGUUAGGGAAACUCCUCUUUCUCUGUAGAAGUCUCCCUAUUGUGGUGAAAAACUGAAAGAGGGAGAAAAGGCAUAGUUUCCAAGCAAAAUAAUCUGUAAUUAUGUUUGUAUAUUUCGUCAGUAUUAAAUGAGAUGAGCAGUAAGUAUGAUGCUGGAGUAGCGUGUGACAAGUUUAGGGUCAGAUUCAAUAAAAUCUCUGUCUGGCUUCUGUGCUGCUGGAAGGUGGGUAAUCCCCGCAGAGUCGGUAGUAGAAGGUGGCAUGGUGCCUUUUGGAAAGGAGGCAGCCAGACAUAGUGUGGAGUGAAAUCUGGCUUCAAGAGUACUGUUCUGCUUGCAGCUACAAAGUAACUGCUUCAGCAAGUUUACAUUCUCAAAUGAAAAGUUUUCUUGUUUCUAAGGAUAGGAGGGUCUAAGAGAAUAACUUCGUAAAGAAAAAACAUCUGAACAACAACUUUUAAAAAGGUAAACAUUUACUUCAGAACACAAAUAUUCUAUUUAAUGGGAAGAUUUCUGAAGUGACUUAUUUUACAUUUAUGUAAACAGGGCUCUAGCUAGAUAGUGCUUUAUAUGCCAAUUACAGACUUUCAGAGCUUUUCAGAAAUGCCUAAGUGACUUACCAGAAAUAUCAUCAAUAGUGGAGCAUAAGAACAGCCAUACUGGGUCAGACAAUGGUCCAUCUAGCCAGUAUCCUGUCUUCCGCCAGUAGCCGAUGCCAGGUGCUUCAAAGGGAAUGAACAGAACAGGCAGUCAGAGUGAUCCAUCCCCUGUCGUGCACUCACAGCUUCUUGGAAAGUCAAGGAGACUUGUGCUCCUGCAGCACUUGGUAAAACCCUACCCAUAGUCCCUAAGCUGAAGAACCAACAGAGUAAGUCUGCAGAUCUGUACUGAGCUCCAUGUGGGUAGACUCCUCUUCAUUUAUUUGGGCUCUGUGAGCAUCAGGACAGUGCUCAUUGUGCAAAACCUCUUAGGUUCUGAUCCUACAAAGGACUGCCUUGGAAAUCUGUGUGUUAAAUGAGUUUUUUAUCUCAAACAGGCACCCUGCUCCCUGUAACAAGCCCCUAACACAAAGCUCAUUGAUGUCUUGCAGAAGCCAAAGCAUUUCAUUCAUAAACCACAUGUAUACUUGGUACAUCUGGUUAGCUGAAGAUACUUGAAAGAUGCAUUUAUAAAAUACAAAAGUGAAGUAGUGCAUGAUAAGGUAGGGUGGAUUUCCUGAAUCGUACUGAAAGCAACUCCAAGAUUGAUAUCAAGAUUAACAUUUUGUAUAUUCUCCAUUAGGCUCUGAAAAGAUGCAGUGAAGGCAGACUCUUUUGGUUUAGUACUUUACUGUAUUUAUUCUCAACGGGUGUUACUCCCUCUUCUUCUGUGUUGGCUAAAGUGUGUAUUUGCUGUUUUUCUGUAUUUGGAUGUCUGUUAUGACUGUGUGCUGUCUACACGUGCAUCAAAUAAAAGUUGAUUUAUAA